CGUGUUGAGCCAUGCUAAGCCACGCCCCUCCCCUCAGUCACUCACCAACAUGGCGCACUUCAGGACGAUGGGUCGCAGCAGCGGAACCGUCUGUGCUCUCUCUCUGGUGGUUUUACUGCAGCUGUUGUCCGGCCGGAGUCUGUCAGCUCCCGUAGAGACAGAUCCCCCACUAAAGAAUAAGCUGGAAAUUGUAUCUCAGGUUCCCAUCAUGAUGAACGAGAACACAAGUCAGGGAGAGACUUUGCCGCUUGAACACAGCAACACAACUUUAGCAGAACCCAAAAAUGCUACAGCAACUGUUGGCAAAGACUUGACACCAAUUGAAACAGUGCCUAACCAAGUUGUCAGCACACCUAACAAAGAUGACGCCACAGCUAUAAAAGGUGAGAGCACACCUAUCAAAGAGGACAACAAACCUGAUGCUGACCCAACAACGCCUGAGAUCAAAUCGCAUCAAAUCUCCGUCAUUGCUACAUCUGCAGAUAAACCUCAGCCACAACCCGACAGCACUGGGGACCAAAAAACAGAUGCAGUUAAACCUGUCAGUGUUGAAGUGACAGAUGAACUCGCUGUUUCUGAAACCAUUCCAACCACUACUGCAGAAGUCAUCACCACCUCAGUGAUAACCCCCGAACCAACCAAUCCUACAACUGAACCCGACCUGCUGCAGACCUCUGAGAAAGGACCAGAACCCCACACUUAUUUAGGUGGUUACUCAGAGGAGGAUGACGACGACGAAGAUGGAGGAACCGACGGAGAGAGCGAGGACAACAACAGCAAUAACAGUAUGGACAACACCGACAACAAAGACAGUAAGGGCGGUGUCGAUGAAAAAGACCAGGCUCAGAACACGCACCAGCAGUCAGGCAGGUUUGAGGUGACGCGUUACAAGGAAGUAGACAGCUACAACACGGAGGAUGAGGACUCGCACUUCUUCUUCCAUCUGGUCAUCCUGGCCUUCCUGGUGGCCAUCAUCUACAUCACCUAUCACAACAAGAGGAAGAUCUUCCUCUUAGCUCAGAGUCGGCGCUGGAAGGACGGUCUGUGUUCCCGCAACAACGUGGAGUAUCACCGCCUGGACCAGAACGUCAACGAGGCCAUGCCGUCCCUUAAGAUGACCCGAGACUACAUUUUUUGAUCCACGUUCUCAAUGUCCGGACCUGCUCAGAGCCAGAUGCCCGUCUUUCUUCCCGGCCGCUUGCAUUGUCACAACGCUGUGCUUUGUCCUGGGGCUUGAUAGAUGCUUUCUCUUGCUUUCUGGGCCAGUCAGAGAUAAGGAGGUGUUGUCGUCUUUUGGAUAGAAUUAUGUGCAGGAUUUUUUUGUUGUUGUAAGAGUUUUUUUAACUCUUCAUUUAUUAUUCCUAUACUUUUUCUAAAUUGAUAACGUGGGAUUUUAAUAUAUUUAUCUUUAUUUUUGUUUUUCAGCCUUAUGGUCCCUCUACACCAUAUUUUCUUCUUCCAUUUUGUCUUAAUAUAAUUUAAUAAUCAAAAUAAGAGUAUGAAGAUUUACAUGCUAAUGUAACUUUUAGGUCCUAAUAUAAUGUGGGAUUAUAACAGUUAAAUAUUUUCCCCAAGAUUGAUUGAUUGAAGAUGUGAGUCAGUCAGUAGACAAGAUAGGAAAUGACUCAAAGACGUUUUCAAAGCACUUGUUGCAUCAGGCAUACUUUUAUAAGGUGUACGUAUGCAAAGCAAGCAGGUGCAUACUGGAAUUAAAGUAAAGGAAACAUUGGGUAAUUUGAUUUAAAGACAUGUAAAAAUGAAAUAUUAGUGUUUCAAAUGAAUAUAAUUUUUUUAAACUUAUAAUUUCUGUUUACAUUAAGUUCAUGAUAGCAUUAAGCAUCAAGUUAAGGACUCUUCCGGUGAGGGGUAUUUUCACGUGAUUAAGCCAUUUAAAGAAGACAGAUGCUGUAUUUAGUUCAGGUUACCAUUUACUGAUCGUGUAUAGGAGAAGCUUUUUUUAUUACCAGACUUUUCCCCUCUUCAUCGGUUUAUAUUUAACUUGUCUGAUAUGGUAUCUCUUCUUCUUCUGCCCAGAUUUUGCUGUGUAGAAAUGCUGGGGCUGGCCCUCUUUGCUUUUUAUGACUUCGGUGAAGUCUCCAUCAACCAUUCUUCAUCAUCUUUGUGGCAAAAAAGCGACUGUUGUUUUCCCUCCUGCUCACAUAGUUACCUUCUGUCAAAGUACGGAGUUGGUGGACUGUUUUCAUUCAUCAGUUUGUUUUUUUGCACGCUCUGUGUGGCCUAAUGUUCUCGAGCACCAUUUUUGUCGUCGCGGUCUCUUGCCUUCAGUUAAAUCGCUGUAACUGCCCCAUGAAUCCUCAUAUUUGUUAUCAAUCUUUUGUCGCCUUCUCUCAGUUGUUUCCAUCUGUCUUGUCUGUAAACGAGGUAUUCAGUGGGUAGAUAGAUAAUGCGAUUUGCACUGUGCCAUCGUAGAAUAUGGACCGAGGGUGGGAGAUGACAGAUCUUGCAAUCAACAGUAGAAACUGUGCAAUCUUUUUUUGUCAAUAAAGCACAAAUUGUGUACAGAG